AUGACCGUCGACCCUGUGCUCGCGGACCCUAUUCCGGUGGACCAUUUUUUGGCGGAGGGCCGGCGCAAACUCGCGGAGAAGUACCUGGACACCAAGAUGGUGGCGUUCAGGUUCGAGGGCGAGAUGGACCCCGAUCCGAUCCAGGCGCCCCUCACCUCGCACCACCCCAUGCGCGACGUCGUGUCCGCCAUGGAGCAGGAGGUGUACGCGUUCCGCCCCGAGCUAAUCUUUCCGUUCAUGCGCGAUGCUCUGGCCAGGUUCCCAGCGAGACUUCCCCCCGAGGCCGCCUACCAGGGCCCCCUCAACGACGACGAGUACGACGAGAAGGUCCAGACCUGCGUCGCCAGGCUGGUGGAGUGCGUGACGCUGGAACGACCCGAGGAGCCCUUCGAGUGGCUCGACGCCUGGCUCGAGGAGGAAGCCCGACUGGAGGAAGAAGAGGCGGAGAGGUCGGCGCCCACCUUGGAGCAGAGCGUGGAGGAGCUCGACAUGGCGUCGAUGACCACGGACCAGCUCGCGUCGUUUGCGAUGGACGUCUUCCUUCGAUUCGACGCGGACAAGAACGGAGUGCUGGACGUGUGGGAGUUCAAGGAGGUCCUCAAGUCGACCGCGCUCAACUUCAGCAAGGAGGAGAUACGGGAGAUCAUGGCGGAGUCCGACGCGGACGGUAACGGAAUCAUCGACUAUAAGGAGUUCCUGCCCAUGUUCGUCGAGCUGGUCACGUCGCUCAAGUCGGCGCAAGAGAUCAAGCACCUCAGGGACGAGGAGCGGGAGGAGACCAGGGAAGAGGUCGAGACCCUGUUCAUCAAGGGCAUGACUCAGGAAGAGUUGGAGCGGAAGAUGCAACGUCUGUUCGCGAUGUUCGACGAGGACGGCAACGGAACGCUGGACCCCGAGGAGUUCCAGCGCGCGCUCAACUCGGCGGACCUCGGCCUGAGCCGGAAGGAGAUCAACAUGCUGCUCGGCGAGGCGGACGUCAACCACGACGGGUGCAUCGAGUACGAGGAGUUCGUUCCCGUGGCGUUCAGGGUGCUCGUGGACAGGGCGAGAAAUAAGCAACUGGAGAACGAGGCGCUGGCUUCGGAGGACGGUAUCACCGUCCUCCUCAUCGACGCCUUCUCCAAGGUGGACCCCGACGGCUCUGGCGUUUUACACGUGCAGGACGUCAAGAAGUGCCUCAAGCGACUCGCCGAGCGGGAGGAGAUCCAGCUGUCACGGUCGCAGAUCGUCUCCAUCAUCGCGGACUGCGAUGUAAACCCGGACGACGGCACCGUGCACUACCUCCGCUUCGCGCCCGUCGCGUCCGGCGUGAUCCACGGCAUGAUUGACUUCUCGGCGCAGAAGCUGCGGGCAGAGGCUGUCGCGAGUUUAGCGUCCGAGGAUACCAACGUCGGUCUGAUGCGGGGCAUGUCUAACGAGGAGGUGGAGCGCAUCAUGUUGCGCGCGUUUCAGGCUGCGGAUGUCGAUCACAACGGGGGGCUUGACAGGGAGGAGAUGCUGGUGGUCCUCAAGUCGGUGGGCGCCGAGGAGCUCGGCUUGGAGCUGCACCAGAUCACGGCGCUGAUGGUAUCCGCCGACGAGGACGGCGACGGCCUGGUGGACUACCGGGAGCUGGCGCGCUUCAUCUAUGACACCCUGCACCAGCUGGCGAGGGAGGACAUGGUCAGGGACAGGGCGUUCAGGCACGCCGCUGGCGCGAUCAAGAGCAGGGAGGAGAUCUUGGACGUCGUGGACGACUCCAUCGUGAUCAGCGAGCUCUCCGGCGGGGUCGCACAGGCGCCGGGGGAGUCGAGGACGCCGCAGUGGCAGGGUCCCGACGGCGUAUACGCGGUGGGGGGCAGGGACGGAAUCUCGGCGAGACGGAGGCAGACCGACGAUCGACACAUGGUGGAUCGAACGCAUUCGUGA